GUCGACAUUCGUCCUCGCUCAGCCGCUCAGUGCCGUUUUUUAUCUCUCCCAGUGAAAGCUAUUAAUCGUUAUGGUGAGUGGACGUGGUCAAUGAUCGUCGAAUAGACAUGAGGCGAGGCUAAUCCGGCCGACUACCGCGCGUCCGCGGCUUCUAUUUCGUAAGAGACGCUGAUAUGUAAUCACAUAUUCCGGUCCGUUUUACAAAAAAUCGCCAUCUGUUCAUUAAUUCAGCGCGGCAUGUAUCACGUCAAGACUGCAAAAAUCACGCACUGUUUUGAAUCUCUAAGAAAAGUAAAUACCGUUAAAUAAUUUCGUUGUUAAAGACGUAAUUUAACUGCAUAAAUGCAGAAAGCACUUUGUUAGAAAGAAACGCUUGUUAAGUACCCGCGAAAAUGUUUGCACAGAUUAUGCGCUUAUUGCGCGUAUCUGAACGGUACCAAAAAUUCAAAAUUUUAUUGAGCCUCGCGAGAACGUAAAUAACAAAAAUAAAUGUGUGACACGUGUGAAUUGCAUGGUGCAUAGUUCUUUAUUUAACCUCACGUGAUGUUUAGUGCGAGAUAAGUUCUUCCCUCCCGCCGCGAUUAUUCGCGAUUGCAUAGCGUUAUUUGGAAACCCCGAGACGUGUAUCCGUUCAUGCAAUACUGAUCGCCUCCCCGCAGCCGUAAUCCGCUUAUUUUAGCUCCCAAAGCGAUUAGCCGCGCUCGGCCAAACUCCAAUAAGGAACGUAAAGCAUCGAGGUAACGAGCCGCACAUUAUCGUCAGAAAAAAUAUUGAAUCUGGAUGAAUACCGGCUUGUAACUCGCAGAGACGCACGCUUAGCGAGAUUCGGAUCUCUUAUCAAAUCUAGUUGGUGCGAGAAAGUCCGCUUAUCACAUCGCGAGUAGACGCAGCCGCGAAUUAAUCGGCGGUUAUUUCCGAGAAACGCCUCGAGAGACGGUUCCACGAUGUCGACAGGUAGAAUGUGCGACGGAAAUGUAUUAAUUAUUAAUCAAUUGGGAAGGACCGACGAUCGUACGAGUGUAAUGUGCGCGAGUAAUCGGCAGCCACGAUGACGACCGUUAUCAAUGAACGUAUUGUGUUAUCGAAUUAUUCGUGGGCAACCGUAAUUUCACGUUCGAGACUCUUUCGUGACACAAUCACGUCGCGGUUAUCGGCCACUUCGUGUUGGCGGACUUCGAAUUCGACUAAUUUCUGCUUAUGUUUAUGAUAUUUUGCAGCUUUAAGUGAUUUACGUGAUAUUAUUAAUACCUGCGUAGCUGUAAUCUUUCAGUCACCCGCGCGUUAAUCUCUUCCCAUGCGAGCGCGCGCUGCAAUUCGAUUCUCCAAGAAACAAUUGUCCCAAAUAUUUGCCGAUAUAAAUUGUCAAGCAAUCGGAUCAAACAAUCCCGUCACGUGAUCCCGUCGCAUUAUCGUUUGCUCGAUCAAUUUCUCCGGGAAAUGCCAGCCACGUGCCAUGCGAAUCUAAUCUCCUCACAAUACUCGUUUUGGUUUACAUCAGGCAAACGGAAUUUGCUUGCGCCAACCUUUGCCCGAUGGAAAAUGCGCAGGGCAGAUUGCGCUCGCCGUUUACCGCUGCUUCCCUACCAAUUAAUCCGUGCGAUUAAAUUAAGUCUCGACGAAGCGCGCCUCAUUAAGCACGAAAAGUACGCGACACCUGACACAACGCGCAUGGAUAGUGUAUGCAGAUGCAAAGAUUUUCCGUUUAAUCGGUGUAAUCCGACAGCUCGAGUAAAUAUCACGUCGAUAUCGAGAUAUAUUGAACAUUCGUAUUAUAUACUUUGUUAUCUCUGAUAGCUCUACUACGAGCAAUCUAAAGUCAUAAAUUAUUAGAAAAACAUUUCCUGCGAUUCUCUGUACAAUUCUGAUUUUGCCGUUAUACAAAAAAUAUCCCAAGAAUUAAUCUAAAAUGUGAGAAAUAUUUAAGAUACUGAAACACAAAUAAAACUUUACGUUUAAUUCGGAUUCAGUGCCCGUGAUUCGUCAAAAUAAUUUCUCACCUUUUGGAAAUGCGGCAAAAUUGUUAAAUAUGGCGCAUUUUAUUAAAAUAAUUAAUAGAUUUCAAAUUACAGCAAUCAAGUUGGAGCUGUUUUGUCAGUCGUGUUGUUCGACUGUGAAUGUUAGCAAUGUUAAUAACCCGUUUGCUCUCUAAUUAGCUCGCAUCUGCCGAAUGAUACGUGACGAUAAAGGCUCGCGCGCGCACAAAAAUCCACAAAGUGUCAUCUCGCUCGAUUGUUACUCGUUUGCAGACUACUUGAGCGACGACAUGUCAACCACCGGCCCGGAAUUAUCGGUCAGGCGACCGGUCUACCUGCAAGACGAGCUUAAUCACUUGUGCAAAUACGUCAAGCCCAAGAGGAUCCUCAAGAAUGAAGUGUCAAGACGAUGUAAGACGAUCAAGCCGAUCAAGAUUUUGAAGAAGUCGAUACCCCUCAUUGAUUGGCUCUCUUCGUAUGACUGGAAAAACAAUAUUCUGGGCGAUGUUGUCGCUGGAAUUACCGUAGCCGUGAUGCAUAUUCCGCAAGGUAUGGCAUACGCUAUUCUGGGCAACGUUCCUCCGAUCGUCGGCAUGUACAUGGCAUUCUUCCCGGUUUUGGUGUACUUUUUCCUCGGCACAUCCAGACACAAUUCCAUGGGUACGUUCGCGCUUGUCUGCAUGAUGACUGGGAAAGUCGUUACGACAUACAGUUCCGCUGCAAUUUCGACAAAUAACACAUCAGCCGAGAACGGGACCUUAAUUUCCGACGUGAACCAUCAAUACUCGCCAGUGGACGUCGCAACCGCAGUCACAUUCACAGUCGCUAUUAUACAGUUAGGAAUGUACGUGCUGCGUUUGGGCGUAAUCUCGUCUCUCCUCGCGGACAGCCUCGUGAGUGGAUUCACAACUGCAGCAGCAAUGCACGUGUUUACAUCGCAAAUAAGGGAUCUCUUCGGGCUAAGCAACCUGCCGCGGCGUAAAGGUGCAUUCAAGCUUAUCCUCACUUAUGUAGAUGUUAUCAACAGUUUCAACAGCGUCAAUACAACUGCUUUAAUAUUGUCUUGUAUCACUAUCUUAGCACUUAUUUUCAACAACGAAAUUCUGAAGCCAAGAAUCUCAAAGUUGUGCCCGUUUCCGAUUCCGAUAGAAAUGCUUGCAGUAGUGAUCGGUACUCUAGUAUCCAUGCAAAUGAAUCUCGCGGAAACGUACAACGUGAUAACAGUCGGUGAUAUUCCAGUCGGGUUGCCAGUCCCGUCGGUGCCGCCGUUGUCCCUUAUACCCGACGUUUUAGUAGAUAGCUUCGUGAUCACCAUGGUCGCUUACACGAUAUCGAUGUCGAUGGCAUUAAUUUUCGCGCAGAAGAUGGGUUACGAAGUCGACUCCAAUCAAGAACUAGUGGCGCAGGGUCUGGGAAAUCUCGUGGGCUCCUUUUUCUCCUGCAUGCCCAUCACGGCCUCGUUGUCCAGAUCACUGAUCCAGCAGACUGUAGGUGGACACACGCAGCUUGCGAGCCUGAUAUCGUGCGGGAUCUUGGUCAGCGUAUUGCUGUGGAUCGGUCCGUUCUUUCAACCGUUACCACGAUGCGUGCUAGCGAGUAUAAUCGUGGUGGCGUUGAAAGGAAUGCUGAUGAAGGUCACCGAGUUCGUCAGAUUCUGGAGACUGGACAAGAUUGAUGCGGGCAUCUGGGCCGUCACCUUCGUCAUUGUGAUACUCUUCGAUGUUGAGUAUGGAUUGCUGGUUGGCGUGCUACUCUGCAUCGGGAGACUACUCGUUCUUGCGGUGCAUCCUUACACGUGCAAGCUCGCUCUUGCGCCCGGUACCGAACUUUACUUGGACGCCAAGAGAUACAAAGGGACUGUGGAAAUCCCUGGCAUCAAGAUCUUCCAUUAUUCCGGCAGUCUGAACUUUGCAUGUAGACAAUAUUUUCGUGAAGAGGUUUACAAAGUUGCUGAGAUCGUACCUCAGAAGGAACUCAACAGGCGACUGAAAGCUGUGAGCAACGGUAUCGAUGCAGAGGAAAUUAAAAAGCUACGUAUUCUCAUUCUGGACUUCACCGCGUUGUCGCACAUCGACCUGGCGGGCGCAAACGCAUUGCGAAACAUCGUCGCCGAGUAUAGUGGCAUAGAAGUAUCCGUCUACAUAGCGGGUUGCUCAGGUCCCGUUUAUGAGACCAUGAGAAAGUGCAACCUGACUGAGCAGAACGAGAAUCACUUCUUUGCCAUGUUCCCGACCAUCGCCGACGCGGUGCAUUUCGCGCGAUCCCAUGGCGAGGUGCCGUCGACGCCGGCAUGGAGCACCCAAGCCUACGACGAGAACUGCAUUAGCAGACUUUGAGGACUUUCGCGGCGAAAGCUCAAGAACGUUUCACUCGAAUACACCACUUUUUCGCUCGUUAUCGCGAAUAUUUAUACGUGCCUUGUCAUUAAUAUUCACACGCUACCCGAUGCGGUUUCUUUAUUUGCGGGAGGUAGUAACAUUCACUGAAAUAUUGACGAUCCGAUUACUACCCUCUGUGAAGCUUACUUAGCAGGAUAAAAUCGCCGAGUCUCUCGAAUUUCGCAUUCAUGCAACGACAUUGCAUUGAACGUUCGGGAAAGCGACAGGAAACAUAAAACUGAUUUGCAGAGGAAACUCGAAUAUCUAAAGAUAAAACUUGGAUCUCAUAAAUUGAGAUCGAUGAUUCACAUAUUUAUAUAAAAAGUAAUACAUGAACGCAUUGUAUCAUUUUAUAGACGACGUAUAUUUAGGAGGCUAUUGCUGUUUUCUCAUACGAUUGUAUGGAAUGAGUCAAACUAUUUUAGGAACUGUGAGAAGAAUACAGACUGCAGAAUUAUUUGAUAUAUUGAAACAGAUUCUAAAGAUUGUAUUGGCAAGGUAUAAAAAUAAGGAUUAGACAUAAUUUGAUCGGACACAAUGUUUCAUUUGAAGAUCUUACUAAAAGUCUAAUUAUAAUAACUCAUGGCUAAAACAAACCAUAUUAUUAUUACAAUUUUCUUGUAACAGAUCUUGUUAUCGAAAAUAGUUUAAUACUAAACUUUUUAUUGCUUGACGUUUUAUUUGAAAGAAAGAAAAGAAACGAAAGCAUGUGAAUAAUGUUAAAUUAAAUAUUUUUGCUUGAAUUGGAACGUAUUAGUAAACAUAAAUGUGAACAACAGAAAUGUUAGUUGUUUAACUGCAAGUCAAGAUAAAUUAUGUUAAAUAUGAGAUUCUGAAUAAAGAAGUAUUUAUUCAAAA